CGCUCCGUGUUGUUGUCUGAGCCGCAUUUACAAUUUUUUUUUUUUUUAAUUGAUAGUAAUAAUAAAAUAAUAUUCGAGUUCUAAACCGAAUCGCCUGUGUGUUUAUUAAUAAAUAUAUAUAGAUUUAUUCAUUAUUUUUGUUCCGUCGGCCGGUUGCGUAAUUUUGUUGUUCGUGUGUGAAAAAAGUGCGCGCGUGACGGUAAUCAUGUGUUCUAUUGAGUUCGGAUAAACAUCAUAACAUUUUAUUAUUGUUAAUUUUAAUUAUACCUCGUAUUGGUGCGCCGAUUACGCCGUUAUUCGACAAGUAAUACGACGAACCAUGAGGAGAAGAAACCCAGGCCGGACUUUUGUCGGUACGUGCAUACUGUUGGCAUUCUGGACGUUAGCUGCGGAACUCGAUGGAGCAUCAGGGUCUACCGGGAUUGUGUCAUGCUCGCCUAACCCAUGUCUUCACGGAGGUUCUUGUUACAUGAAAAAGACCGGAGAAUACGCUUGCAACUGUACUGGACUGUUUGUCGGACCUUACUGUCAAUGGAAAAACCCCUGCCACACGGGUCCCGUGCCCCGAUGCCAAAACGCCGGAACAUGCGCUGUCACGCAAGUGUCGCCACAUUCUCCGCCCGGAUUCUCGUGCCAGUGUCCGCUGGGAUUCACCGCGUCCCUGUGCGAGAUACCCAUAUCGAACGCGUGCGACUCGAAGCCGUGCCAAAACGGUGGCACGUGUUGGCUGCACAACAUCAAGGAACAUCGGUGCAACUGCGCUCCUGGGUUUACAGGACCAAAUUGUGAGUUGGAAGACCAUUGCGCUUCGGGACCGUGCAAGAACGGAGCUGAAUGCGCUUCUAAAGACGAUUCUUACGAAUGCACGUGCGCCCCAGGGUUCACGGGCACAACGUGCUCUGAAGACAUUGAGGAAUGUUCAACAACCGAACCCUGCGUACACGGACAAUGCGUCAACACACAUGGAUCGUAUGCGUGUAUUUGCGAACCAGGUUACACGGGCAAGAACUGCGAGAUGGUAUACGUCCCGUGCGACCCGUCGCCAUGUAUGAACAGCGGAAGGUGUAUGCAGAUCGACGAUCUCAAUUAUGAGUGCAAGUGCAAGUCUGGUUUUCGGGGCAAAAAUUGCGAGGAAAACAUUGACGAUUGUAUACCGCACGCCUGCCUGAAUGGUGGCUCGUGCGUGGAUGGCGUGAACAGUUACACGUGCUCGUGUCCGGCCCAAUGGACGGGUGAGUCGUGCGAGAUGGACGUGGACGAGUGCGCCAUGCGGCCCAGCGUCUGCCACAACGGCGCGACAUGUACCAAUUCGCUGGGAUCGUACAAUUGUAUUUGUGUAAACGGCUGGACCGGACAAGACUGUUCGGUAAACAUUGACGAUUGCGCCGGAGCUGCCUGUUUCAACGGCGCCACUUGUAUCGACCGAGUUGGCAGCUUCCAUUGCCAGUGCACGUACGGCAAGACCGGUCUCCUGUGCCACCUUGACGACGCGUGCACGUCUAACCCGUGUCACACCGAUGCCAUAUGCGACACAAGUCCGAUCAAUGGUUCGUACACUUGUUCGUGUGCUUCCGGCUACAAAGGAAUCGAUUGUUCCGAAGACAUCAACGAAUGUGAACAAGGAUCGCCAUGCGAACACGAUGGAGUUUGCGUCAACACUCCCGGAUCGUUCGCCUGCAAUUGCCCACAAGGUUUUACAGGGCCGCGGUGCGAGACCAAUGUGAAUGAGUGCGACUCGCAUCCCUGCAAAAAUGAAGGAUCCUGCCUUGACGACCCUGGAACUUUCCGAUGCGUGUGCAUGCCAGGGUUUGCUGGCACGCAAUGUGAGAUUGAUGUGGACGAGUGCGAAGCGGACCCGUGCGAGAACGGUGGUGUAUGUACUGACAUGAUCAACGGGUACAAGUGCUCGUGCCCAGCUGGGUUCUCGGGACCACGAUGCCAGAUCAACAUCGAUGACUGCGUGAGCAGCCCGUGCAAGCACGGUGGCAUAUGUCACGAUUCGAUAGCCGGUUACCAAUGUGAGUGUUCGCCAGGCUUCACGGGAUUCAACUGCGAAAACAACAUCAAUGACUGUCUGUCAAACCCGUGCAAGCACGGCGAAUGCAUCGACGGCCAGAACUCGUUCACGUGCUCCUGUCAUCCGGGCUAUACGGGACUUCUAUGCCAGGACCAGCUGGACGAGUGCGCGUCUGCGCCUUGCCAGCACGGCGGCACGUGUGAAGACCUGAUCAAUGGAUAUCAGUGCCGUUGUCGAGCAGGCACUUCCGGCCCGAACUGUGAGGUUAACAUCAACGAGUGUGUGUCCAACCCCUGUCGGAACGGGGCGAAGUGCAUCGACGGUAUCAACAAGUAUUCUUGUGACUGUUUGCCCGGCUUCACCGGUUUGCAUUGCGAGAUGAAUGUGGACGAAUGCGCCAGUAGCCCUUGUGCCAACGGCGGAACUUGCGUGGAUCUAGUGGCUGGUUGGCGUUGCGAGUGUCCUCGUGGUUACUAUGGGCCUAGGUGUUUAUCCGACAUCGACGAAUGUGCCAGCAACCCGUGUUCUUUGAAUGCGUUACGUUGUGAGGACGGCCUCAACCAAUUCAUAUGCCACUGCAGACCGGGCUAUACUGGCAAACGUUGUGAUAUCGAUAUUGAUGAGUGUAGCUCGAACCCGUGUCAGCACGGCGGAGUGUGCACGGACCGUGUAAACGGAUACACAUGCCAAUGUAAACCCGGGUAUUCUGGGCACAACUGUGACGUAAAUAUUGAUGAUUGUGCCAUUAACCCGUGCAAAAACGGAGGGUCGUGCAUUGAUUUGGUGAACGCUUACAAGUGUGUCUGUCAACUACCGUUCACCGGCUCGGAGUGCCAGAGCAGAUUAGACCCUUGUACGCCCAACAGGUGCCGCAACGGUGCCAAGUGUUCGCCUUCUAGUAACUUUUUAGAUUUCGCAUGUGAAUGUUCUAUCGGGUGGAAAGGUCGUUUAUGCAACGAAGAUGUAGACGAGUGUGCAUUGACUGCACCUUGUCGGAAUGGCGCCACUUGUCAAAACACUGACGGAUCAUAUAAAUGCGCUUGUGCUCCUGGUUUUCAGGGCCGUGAUUGUGUAAUCAACACUGACGAAUGCGCUUCUUCACCUUGCCAAAACGGAGCUACAUGUCUGGAUGGUAUUGGUGAUUAUACUUGUAUGUGUUCUGAUGGGUUUUCCGGCCGUCAUUGCGAAGUAGACGUUGACGAAUGUCUCUCACAACCUUGUUUGAAUGGAGCCACUUGUAAACAAUAUGUAAAUUCGUACACUUGCACAUGUCCCGUUGGAUUUUCUGGCAUACACUGUCUAACUAACGACCAAGAUUGUACUGAUUCAUCCUGUAUGAAUGGCGCCACUUGCGUCGAUGGUAUUAACAACUACACUUGUAUAUGUCCAACUGGAUAUACUGGAUUAAAUUGUCAAACUAGAAUAAACGAAUGUGAUUCUUCGCCAUGCGAUAAUGGCGGUACAUGUCUCGAUCACGGAAAGUAUUAUACAUGUCAUUGUGCGUAUGGUUAUACGGGCAAGAACUGCGAAUCUUUGGUUGAUUGGUGCAGUGGUGGUGGAGGCAUACCACAACCCUGUGAAAACGGAGCAACCUGUAAACAAAUUCAGAACUUAUACCAGUGCGUUUGUCAACCCGGUUGGACGGGCAAGGUGUGUGACGUAGAAAUGGUAUCCUGUAACGAUGCGUCAUUACGUAAAGGGGUUCGACGUGAUGCUCUAUGUCAUAAUGGUGGCGUUUGUGAAGAUAUCGGUAAUAGUCAUAGGUGCCAUUGUGCCGACGGUUAUUCCGGUAGCUAUUGUACGAAAGAAAUCAAUGAAUGCGAUUCAGCACCUUGUCAAAAUGGUGCGACGUGUAGAGAUUUAGUGGCAGGAUACUCUUGCCAGUGUCCACGUGGCUUCCAAGGACAAAAUUGCGAAUUGAAUGUUGACGACUGUCAUCCUAAUCCAUGUCAAAAUGGUGGAACAUGUCGUGAUUUAAUCAAUAGCUUUAGCUGUUCAUGUCCACCAGGUACACUGGGUAUUAUUUGUGAUAUAAACAUUGAUGACUGCUCACCUGAUGCUUGUCACAACAACGGUACUUGUAUUGAUCGUGUUGGAGGAUUUGACUGUCGUUGUCCAGCCGGUUUUGUUGGUCAUAGAUGUGAAGGUGACAUAAACGAAUGCUUAUCAAACCCUUGCGAUCCAUAUGGAACAUUAGAUUGCGUUCAAUUAGUUAACAAUUUCCACUGCAACUGUCGUGCCGGUUACAUGGGCAGACAUUGUGAAACUAAAGUCAACUUCUGCGAGAGCAGCCCAUGCCAAAACGGUGGUGUAUGUUCUCAAGUGGAAGGUGGCCAUACAUGCGUAUGUCCGAAAGAGUUUUCUGGAAGGAAUUGUGAAUUCUUUGGCGUAGAUUGUGACUCUAGUCCUUGCCAAGGUGAUGGCUUGUGCCACUCAUUAGAUCAUGGAGGAUAUCAAUGUGAAUGUCCGCCGGGCACGGCAGGUAUUCACUGUGAAGUCGAUAGUUACAAUGAAUGUGAAAGUAAUCCUUGUGAACAUGACGGUACUUGUCAAAAUAAACUUGGAGACUACGCGUGUUUCUGUCCAAUAUACUGGUCAGGGAAAAAUUGUAAUAUUUAUGAUUCCAAGUUCAAAGGAGGUCUGGGAAAAUUCCCAUCUAAAAGCAUUAUGACAAAAAAAGAUUACGAUUGGGAACGAGAGCUGGCUGCUUGUGUAACCAACGGAUGUACCGCUAAAUCUCAAGAUAACAGGUGUCAUCAAGAAUGUAACACAGCCGCUUGUGAUUUCGAUGGUGGUGAUUGUUCUCUCGGAUUAAACCCUUGGAGAAAUUGCACAACAACCAAAAACUGCUGGCAAGUUUUCGCUGAUGGACGUUGUGACGUGGAGUGUAAUACACCUGAAUGUUUGUACGACGGAAGAGAUUGUGAAAGAACUUUGAUGCCUUGCAAUCCAAUAUAUGAUGCAUAUUGUCAAAGUCAUUAUGCUAAUGGGCAUUGCGAUUAUGGAUGUAAUAAUGCUGAAUGUAAUUGGGAUGGUUUGGAUUGCGAAAGAGAACCACCUAAAAUUGCCGAAGGUGCCAUGCGUCUCAUUUUACGAAUGGACUAUCAUCAACUUUUGUCUAAUUUAACUUCGUUCUUACGAGAGGUUGGUCGAGAGUUAAGAGCCACUGUCCGAGUGAAACAAGAUGAAUUGACUGGAAAACAAAUGAUAUUCCCCGCGGAAAGUCCUCCUGGAGCUGUCGUGGUUUAUUUAGAAAUUGAUAAUAGAAAAUGUGAAAUAACCAGAGAUGUGGAAUGUUUCUCGAGUGGUACAGGGGCUGCUGGAUUUUUGGCUGCUUCAGCCGCUAGUCAUGCUCUAUCAACAUCGUUUCCUAUUUAUAGAGCAGAAGGUGUCGGUCCUGGAAGCCAAAUUCCAAUUGAACAACCUAGGAGUAGUACGGCGUUAGUGCUGACUGGAAUGUUCUUGAUACUAGUUAUCGGUCUUAGUCUUGGAGUGUUAAUAUCUACGCAUCGCAAAAAGGCGGCUGGUAUAACAUGGUUCCCAGAAGGAUUCUUACGUACUGGUAGUAAUAGCAGUAGAACAAGUACCCAAAGAAGAGUACCCGAUGGACAAGAACUUAGAACAAUGAAGCAAAAUAACAUGACUUUGAGUUGUAUGGACAUGAAUAGUGGUGUGAUGACCAUGGGAAGGGGUGCCGGAGCUUGGUCAGACGAAGACGCCGAGGGUGAUAUGCCUCCAGCAAAACGACAUAGACCAGCUCCGAUAUUGUCACAACCUUUAGAUAACCCUUACGAUGACGUUUGGAGUCACUGUAAUUUGAAUUCUAACGAUAACAAGGCAACUGUUAUGUACACACCUCCGUCCAGGGAAACGGAAGUUAAUGAGAGACUCCCUGGUGGGUUGACGAGACUAAUGGAUGUGACAGUAGCUGGCGGUGCUGGACUGGAUACAAGCAUUGAUAAUGAAGAUGAAGGAGAAGACGCUACAACCAACAUGAUAUCAGAAUUGGUUUCGCAAGGUGCAGAAUUGAACGCCACGCUCGAUAAAACCGGUGAAACUUCAUUGCAUUUGGCUGCAAGAUAUGCUAGAGCAGAUGCUGCUAAACGUUUGUUAGAUAUGGGCGCCGAUGUUAACUUUCAAGAUCACACUGGCCGGACACCAUUACAUGCUGCUGUAGCUGCCGACGCAAUGGGUGCUUUCCAAAUCUUAUUGAGGAACCGUUCAACAAAUUUAAAUGCUAGGAUGCACGAUGGUACGACACCGUUGAUUCUAGCAGCCAGGUUAGCCAUCGAAGGAAUGGUAGAAGACCUAAUUCAUGCUGACGCCGAUAUCAAUAUACCAGAUAACAGUGGAAAGACAGCCUUGCACUGGGCUGCAUCGGUCAACAAUGUAGAUGCAGUCAACAUUUUGCUGGCCAAUAACGCCAACAAAGACGCUCAAGACGACAAGGACGAAACACCGUUAUUCUUAGCAGCUAGAGAAGGCAGUUUUGAAGCAUGCAAAGCGCUUUUGGAUAACUUCGCAAACCGAGAGAUCGCAGACCACAUGGAACGGUUACCGCGGGACGUGGCCAGCGAACGGUUGCACCACGACAUCGUUAGAUUGCUGGAUUCACACGUGGCUCACCCUAAUGCUCAGACGAUGGUGCCUGUUAACAACAACUUCAUGAGUAAGUCGCAGCGAAAUCGUGUCUCGCGGCCGUUAGUGCCAUUACCCAAGAACACGCAGACGACGAUGACAAAUACGACGACACCGGCGACGGAGAUUGACCUUGGGAUGUGUUUGUUCACAGACUCGCAGCACAUGAUGUCGGCUCAUUCCAACAUAAACAUACCCGGCAUGAAGUUGAGCAAUGGGGGCAAUGGUGGCGGCACGGCCAAGGGCAAAAAGAGGCCGAAACCAUCGAACCCGACGAGUCCUGCCGACUCGAUGGACUCAAACCUGUCGUUGAAGCGGAAGGGCAGCGUGAAAAAACCACCUCCCCCGUUACCACCGUCGUCGGCCAUGUCAUCCACCGCGGCAGCGCCUAGCAACAAGAAACCAUUUGGGUUGGACGUGACGUGUGCCGGUGGUCCCAACAACAUGGACCUGAUGGCGUUGGACGUGUCCAGGCUGUAUGGCGGCGCCGGAUUACCGCAACAGCCGCCCGCAUACGAGGAGUGCCUGUCACAGUUGCCGUCCGCGUCUCAGAGACCGAUGGCCAAUUACGGUGCUGCAAUGCACCACCAACAGCAUCAGCAGCAACAGCAACAGCAGCAGCAGCAGCAGCAACCCGACUACCGAGUCCUCCACCAGCAGAUGUUAGGCAUGCAGACGUCGUUCCAGGAACCGUCGCCGCCGCACAGCGUGGUCAUGUCACCGUCGCCCGGAAAGACGCGACCGUCGCUACCUACGUCGCCCACGCACAUGCAGGCCCUCCGACACGCCACCAUGCAGGCCGUGGACCCGUUCAGCCAGUUCCAUCACUUUUACGGCAGCGUCCAGCAGACGCCCCAAUCGCUACAGCCUCCCCAGUCGCAGCACGCGCAGCAGUACCUGACGCCUCCGUCGGACGCGGCACCCGAGAGUUUCCCGACGCCGUCGCCCGACUCGCCAUGGCACUGGUCCUCGUCUUCGCCUAACUCCAAUUCCGACUGGUCGGAAGGCAUAUCGUCACCGCCCAACAACAACAACAAUAACAACAACGGACACCCGAACAAAGUGUCGGACGCCGUUUACAUUUAAAACGAAUUGUUGGCGAGGUCGAGUCUUCAUCCGUGUGCGUGUACGUCAUUCAGCGGGACGGGUUCGGGUGAAUGAUUAUAACAUUGUUUUUGUACUUUUGUUUCGGUGCCAUCGUCGGCAGUUUGGGUCCGUCGUCACCAAUACCAACCACAAUUAGCCUACGGUUAUUAUUAUUAUAUUAAUUUUAUUAUUUUUAUGUUUUGUGUUUAUAGCCUACGAAUGUGUUGAAUCAUUUUUCUAUGUUUUUAAACGAAUUCUCUCUUUUUACCCUGUGUAUAUAUGUAUAUUGUUCAAAGUACAGAUUUUAUUUAUAUAUGCAUAUACAUAUUUUUAUCGCUUUCGUGUACAUUAUUAUUUUUAUCAUGAUUAUUGACAUCGAAUACCAUUUUUCUCCCCCACCCAUUAUUUAUGUACCAUAAUGGCCAUGGUGUCUACCAAUUAUUAUUAUUAUUAUUAUUAUUUUAUUAUUAUCAUUAUUAUUAUUAUUAUUAUUAUUAUUAUUAUUAUUAUUAUUGUUCUCUUUAUGAUUAAUUUGUCUCGUUGUCUUGUCGAGAUAUGGAAAACAAAUCUAUCGAACAAUCUUAUAAUAAUCUACUAGACUUAUUCGGUGGUUAAUAAGCACAACGACAAGACUGCUAGGGAUCUAAAUGCAUUUUUAUUUUUAUUUUUAUUUUUUGUAAAUAAUAUUUUGUAUCAUCAAGGGAUUGUUCGUUCACGAUCUCAUCACAUGACAUUUUUAAUAUUAUUGUUAUUGAAAUAUUAUUGUAAUUAUUUUUUUUCUCGUAAUUUUAUGUUGUGGACAAAUAGAUUAAUUUAAAAAUACA